AGUAGUAGUGAAGAUGUGGGGUCAUUUUAGGAAGAAAAGAGAGGAAAUAGUUAUAUUUUUUUAAUUCCCAAUAAGGUCAUGCUCUGCUUCAUCACCAAGUGCUGUUCUUUGUUGGUUUUUUGCCCCUCUUCCCAUUUUGCCCCUUCUUUCUUUGAGAUCUCCCAUUAAUAGAUCCUUUCUUCUCUCGUAAUCAAAUGGAAAGUGCUCGCUAGAUUUCCUCAAUCUAUCGAUGGGAAGUUUGGGAGUUCUAUUUCGGGUAAUUUCCUUCUAAUUUUCCCCUAAUUUUUUUUGGGUAUUUUGGUAAGUUUCUGAUUGUUCGUCCAGGCCUUCAUGAGAUCGAUCUGAUUCGAUCGAGAGAUACCUUUUCUUACUGUUCAGAUCGAUGAUUCACCGAUUUUGAUUCAUGGAUAUCUUCAGAAACCCUAAAAGAUUCAAUUUUUGUGGGGUUUACUUGCUUUUCUAAUCUCUAUGGCCCCCAAAAUCCCUCCUUCCUAAUUUGGGUAAGAUUAAUUUUAUCUGCCUGAACUAAUUUCACACUUGAAAUUGACCUUUUGUUCUAUUUCGGAUUCCGUAUUUUGUCAUUGGGAGGGUGAAGAGUGGUUGUCAUUAGUAAAAGUUAAGAUUUUGUUUCAAUUUUGAGUUCAAAGAUAAUGUUGGAAGGUAAUUCUUGCUUGGUUUCAAGAACUUUGCCAAGUGGUUGCGAGCAAGAAUUGAAGUGGGUUUACAUGACUCUCGAACUCCUUAACAAUAACAAACACAAAGAAGAACUUGAAGAAAUAAACAGGAACAAGAAAAAGAAAGGAAUGAUGGAAUGCCAGUCUUCAUCAAGUGAAGGCUCCUCAUCUUAUGGUCUCAUUAACCCGAUUGGUCGGGAUAUAUCCAUUAAUUGCCUCCUCCGAUGCUCUCGCUCUGAUUAUGGAGCUCUUGCAUCCCUCAAUCGUAGCUUUCGAUCCUUAAUUCGAGAGGGAGAGCUCUAUCGGCUGCGUCGUCAGCAGGGAAUCGCCGAGCACUGGGUUUACUUCUCUUGCAAUGUUCUUGAAUGGGAAGCAUAUGAUCCUUAUGGCAGUCGGUGGAUCACUCUCCCUCGAAUGCCCUCUGAUGACUGCUUCAUGUGUUCAGAUAAAGAAUCACUAGCUGUUGGCACUGAGCUUCUUGUCUUUGGAAAAGUUGUUCUUUCACACAUUGUUCUUAAAUAUAGCAUAUUGACUAAUUCAUGGUCUCCUGGUGUUGGAAUGACUUCACCAAGAUGCCUCUUUGGCUCUGCAAGCUUAGGAGAGAAGGCUAUAAUUGCAGGAGGAACCGACGCUUUUGGUAAUAUAUUGAGCUCGGCAGAGCUCUAUAACUGUGAACUGCAAUCUUGGUUCACUCUUCCAAGCAUGAAUACACCGAGAAAAAUGUGUUCGGGUGUUUUUAUGGACAACAAGUUCUAUGUUAUAGGAGGGAUGGCGAGCAACACCAAGGUGUUAACUUGUGGAGAAGAGUAUGAUUUGGAGAGAGGGGUUUGGAGAGUGAUCCCCAAAAUGUCUUUGGGGCUCAACGGAGCGAGUGGUGCUCCUCCGCUCGUUGCGGUGGUCAAGAACGAACUCUAUGCAGCGGAUUAUGGAGAGAAAGUAGUUAAGAAAUAUGAUAAAAGGAAUACCUCUUGGGUGACUCUUGGGGGAUUGCCAGAGAGAUCUGUGUCGGUUAAUGGAUGGGGAUUGGCUUUUCGAGCUUGUGGAGAGAGGCUAAUUGUCAUUGGAGGACCAAGGGGAUUAGGGGGAGGGAUGAUUGAGCUCAACUCGUGGAUUCCGGAUGAGGGGCCUCCUCAAUGGGAGAUGAUUGCGAGCAAACAUUCAGGGAGCUUUGUUUAUAAUUGUGCUGUUAUGGGAUGCUGAUCAGAAAGAUUUGUCAAUGUUUGGGGUCUUGAUUCUUCAUGAUCGGUAAUUUCUUCCUUUUCUUUGCUUUUUCUUUUUUUCCAUAUUAAGAUUGGUCUCAAUAUUCAAUAGAAUGGUCUCAUCUAUGUAACUCUUCACUUAUUUUUUUAUCCACGUCCAUUUCUUGUUUCGAUCAUGCUCGUUUAGUUUGCAUGUGGAAGGUUCGGUAUCCGUGAACGAAGUUUUUAGAGAUAUAUGUUCAUGCAAGCAUGACAGAUUAAUAAUCUGAUGUAGUUGUUUUUUUAUUUUUUUUAUUUUAAUUUUUUUUUGGUCCGGGCUUAGCAUUGUUGGGUCAUUGAUAAAGAUUUUUAUCCUUUGUUGGUUCAUGAUUUUGACCUAUGUUUAUGAGGAAUAAAUGGAUAGAGAGUUUUACUUGUUAUCA